CAUUAUAUCUACUCGCGAACUGUCAAAAUUCAUAACCAACACAUUUAUGUUUUAAACAAUUGUUGUUUCCAGUCAGUUAUUUCAUUAUGUGGAAAACUUUCCAGCAUGAGGACAAACUCUACAUGCUUAAAAUAAUUUACGAAGAAGACUUGGAGCUAUAUUUAACCGAUUUACAAAAUUUAUGGAUCCAAAAACUUUCGAAAGAAGCAGUCCUGCUAAAGUUCCAAGAGUGCAAUCCCUUGUUUGAUAUUAAAAUUGAUGAAGCUGUAGCAGAAGUAGUUGAGUUAAUAAAUCAGAUAGCAGAAGCUGGAAACCUUAUUUUAAGCACCAAUGGAGAUGAGCUACAAUUAUCAGCAGAAUCUGAGAAGUCAGAAGUUAAAAUAAAAUUUCAAUUCGAUUUUAUUAAAUCGACGCAAGAUAUGUUUCUUAAAGAAGUUACAGUGCCUCUAAUUCAAACUGUCAAGCACUUAGAAGCCUGCCAAAGCAUUCUUUGUAAUUUAGUCAAGAAAAAGGAUCGAGAAUUAGAAGAAUAUAAACUUGAAAAGGGUUUGAUUUCUAGAGAUGAUUUAAUCACUGAGAGAUUUGAUGAUGCCAUGUUAAACAAUAUUGAUGAUAAGUCAAUGAUGAACGUAUUUGGUCAGUCAAAACCGUUUUGGGAUAGUUUCACAAGACAAUAUGGAACCAUAGAGACCAAAAUUGAAGAUAUUAAAAUGGAUCCAUGGAAUCAUAUGAAGCGUAAGAGAAAAGUGUACUCUGCAAAAACAGCAAUUAAAAAGGGUAAAGGGAUAAAUUAUGACAAAGAAAAAAGUGAGUGAUGGGUUAAUUUAUUUAAAAAAUAUAUAUGUAUAUCUGUAUAAAUAGACGAAACUAUUUUAUGUUAACAAACUAUAAUUGUUUUAAUUAUACAUACUAUUACUA